AUGGCUUUAAUGACCUUUUUGAUCAUUUCCUAUUCAAUAAUAGUUAUUGGAAAUGGACUUAUUAUCUUGGUAGUCAUACACGAUCCAAAGCUUCAUAAUCCCAUGUAUUUCUUCCUCUGCAAUUUGGCCAUCCUUGACCUCUGCCUCACAACAACAGCAAUACCGCAAUCAAUAGCUAAUUGCUUAGUGGACAGACCUGUAAUGCUUCUUCCUUUGUGCUAUGCACAGAUGUAUUCUCUUCUUCUGUUUGGUACAACAGAAUGUUUCCUUCUGGCUGUCAUGGCUUAUGAUCGUUAUGUUGCCAUUUCCAAUCCACUGCGCUACACCAUGAUUAUGAACAGAACAGUGUGCAUCCUCCUUGCCACUGCAACAUGGACUGCUUCCUUUAUGAUUACUGUGAUUCCAUCUAUUACUAAUCCCAUUCGAUUCUGUGGAAACAAUGAGGUUGACCAUAUAGGAUGUGAAGUUAAAUCUAUUAUUAAGCUCAUUUGUGCAGAGUCCUCUUCAAGCCAGAUAAGCAUGUACUUCACUAGCACUUUGACACUGGUUCUCCCUCUGGGCUUCAUCCUUUUUUCCUACAUGCGCAUUCUUGUGACCAUCCUUAGGAUCCACUCAGAAGGAGGUAGGACAAAGGCUUUCUCCACCUGUGGUUCCCAUCUGACUGUAGUGAUCAUGUACUAUGGCACAGCUAUAUUCACUUACCUCCUUCCACAAAAUGCAGGGACACAUGAGAUAGAUAAAAUAAUAUCUCCAUUUAAUUCAGUGCUGACUCCAAUGUUUAAUCCUUUAAUUUAUACACUCAGAAACCAAGAAGUCUUGGGAGCAUUGAAAAAACUGAUAGGUAAGAAAAAACCAGACAUGACAUAUUAA